GGGACCCGGCGAAGGAGCUGUGAGGCGGAGAAGGCGGCGGCGGGCGCGGGGCCGGGCUUUCCUCGAUCGCGGGGGAUCUCGAGGGGCGAAGGGAUCGCCGGAGAGGGGGACCGGAGAGCCGCGCCCGCCGCGCGGCGCGCCCCUUCCCGCCCCCUGCACCAUGAGCUGGGGCACCGAGCUCUGGGAUCAAUUUGACAACUUAGAAAAACACACACAGUGGGGAAUUGAUAUUCUUGAGAAAUACCUCAUAUUUGUAAAGGAAAGAACAGAGAUUGAACUCAGCUAUGCAAAGCCACUCAGGAACCUCUCGAAGAAAUACCAACCCAAAAAGAACUCGAAGGAGGAAGAAGAAUACAGGUAUACGGCGUGUAAAGCCUUCCUUUCCACCCUGAACGAAAUGAACGAUUACGCGGGGCAGCAUGAAGUCGUCUCCGAGAACUUGACCUCACAGAUCCUCGCGGGGUUAGCACGCUACGUCCAGGAACUGAAGCAGGAAAGGAAAUCGCACUUUCAUGACGGACGGAAGGCCCAGCAGCACAUAGAGACCUGCUGGAAGCAGCUCGAGUCGAGCAAGCGGCGAUUUGAGCGGGAUUGCAAGGAGGCUGACCGGGCGCAGCAGUACUUUGAGAAAAUGGAUGCUGACAUCAACGUCACAAAAGCGGAUGUUGAAAAGGCACGACAACAAGCUCAAGUACGUCACCAAAUGGCAGAGGACAGCAAAGCUGAUUACUCAUCGAUUCUUCAGAAAUUCAACCAUGAGCAGCGCGAGUAUUACCACACUCACAUUCCCAACAUAUUCCAGAAAAUACAAGAGAUGGAGGAGCGGAGGAUAGUGAGACUCGGAGAAUCCAUGAAGACCUAUGCGGAGGUCGACCGGCAGGUGAUUCCAAUCAUUGGGAAGUGCUUGGAUGGAAUAGUGAAGGCGGCCGAGUGCAUUGAUGAGAAAACUGACUCACAGCUGGUCAUAGAGGCCUACAAGUCAGGGUUUGAGCCUCCCGGAGAUAUCGAAUUUGAGGAUUACACGCAGCCGAUGAAGCGCACCGUGUCGGAAAACAGCCUUUCCAAUUCCAGAGGAGAAGGCAAAGCAGAGCUUAAAUUUGGGGGCAAACCCAAAGGAAAGUUAUGGCCGUUCAUCAAGAAAAACAAGCCUCCCCCUCCUCCCCCUGCCUCUGCCUCACCCUCUGCUGUUCCCAACGGCCCCCAGUCUCCCAAGCAGCAAAAGGAACCCCUCUCCCAUCGCUUCAACGAGUUCAUGACCUCCAAACCCAAAAUCCACUGCUUCAGGAGCCUAAAGCGAGGGCUUUCUCUCAAGCUGGGUGCAGCGCCGGAGGACUUCAGCAACCUCCCGCCCGAACAGAGAAGGAAGAAGCUCCAACAGAAGGUCGACGAAUUAAAUAAAGAAAUCCAGAAGGAGAUGGAUCAAAGAGAGGCCAUCACCAAGAUGAAGGACGUGUACCUGAAGAACCCUCAGAUGGGAGACCCAGCCAGUCUGGACCACAAAUUAACAGAAGUCAUCCAAAAUAUAGACAAGCUGCGGCUCGAGGCCCAGAAGUUUGAGGCCUGGCUGGCGGAGGUGGAAGGCAGGCUCCCAGCCCGAGGCGAGCAGCGCAGGCAGAGCGGACUGUACGACGCCCAGCCGGCCCCGGCCGUCAACAACUGCGCGCAGGCCCGGGAGAGGUACACAGAAGCCAGGAGAAGCGGAGGUGAAAGGUGCUGGGCCACGGACUUCGACGACGAGUUUGACGACGAGGAGCCGCUGCCCGCCAUCGGGACGUGUAAAGCGCUCUACACCUUCGACGGUCAGAAUGAAGGAACCAUUUCAGUAGUUGAAGGAGAAACGCUGUACGUCAUAGAGGAAGACAAAGGCGACGGGUGGACCCGCAUUCGGAGAAAUGAAGACGAAGAGGGCUAUGUCCCCACUUCAUACGUCGAAGUGUAUUUGGACAAAAAUGCCAAAGGUGCUAAGACUUAUAUUUAAUACAGCUUUUUAAAAACUUU